UGAACAUUACAAGCCUCUCUCAUCUUUUUAAGUGGGAGAACUUGCAUAAUUGGUGGCUGACUAAAUACUUUUUUGCCCCACUGUAACUUUGUCCUUUCUGGGAUGGGAAUUUUGGAGACAGCGCUGUCCUGAAAGCACAUUUAGAAACCACUACAGCCUGGGGGUGACUAGUUCCAUGAUGCCAGAACUGCAGCAGAAUACCGUUUGCAUCGGAGCCACAGCCAUUCCCCAUGCAACAGGGGUGCGGAGAACAGAAUGGAAUCAGACAGAGGAAGGAGAAGAGACGUUUCCUCCACCACUGAACCAUCAAACACAGACAAGACUCCAACUCCUGAGACCUCCAGUUCACAACCCCCUCAGCCAGACACAGACCAGACUCCAACGCCUGAGACCUCCAGUUCACAACCCCCUCAGCCAGAUACAGACCAGACUCCAACGCCUGAGACCUCCAGUUCACAACCCCCUCAGCCAGACACAGACCAGACUCCAACCCCUGAGACCUCCAGUCCACAACCCCCUCAGCCAGACACAGACCAGACUCCAACCCCUGAGACCUCCAGUCCACAACCCCCUCAGCCAGACACAGACCAGACUCCCAACGCCUGAGACCUCCAGUUCACAACCCCCUCAGCCAGACCCCAACCUCUGGCCCUGAGACCUCCAGUCCACAACCCCCUCAGCCAGACACAGACCCCACCCCCGGGACCUCCUCUGACCAACCGAAGCCAUGAGUGUCUUUUAAACAACAUAAAAGCUUGCCAGUAUAAUGCAAAAAUGAGCUAUAUGAGGUCAGAAUUACCCAAAUGUUCCUAACCUCUCAUGAAAUGUAUAAAAGCCACAUUCUGUUUUAAUUCUGUAAAAACCCUGAAAGCCAAAAGUCGAAACAUGUUGGUUCCAUUGUCCUCAUGCACCUCCGUUGAUAAGAGAGGUAGCGGAAGAUAUCCCUUCCCUAAUCCCUUAUGUGUCCAUUCAGCAGAAACAUCCCUAAGACAGUACCAGUCAAAAGUUUGGACACACCUACCCAUUCAAGGGAUUUUCUUUAUUUUAACUAUUUUUUACAUUGUAAAAUAUAUAUAAAAAACUAUGAAAUAACACAAAUAGAAUCAUGU